UUGUUGAGAAGUUUUUGGAAUGUCUGAAAUCUUGCAUGCCACGUAGUCGGCGCAGAGGAAGCUCAUUCGAGCUAACGGUAUUGGCAUCUUCCGUUCUCUUGAUUUAUCUCUUGGAGGUUUAGAAGGAGGUAACAGCACUUUUGUGCUGCUUUAUAAGUUUGUUAAAAGAUGCUGUUGCCAGUCGUGUUCAGUGUGGCGCUGGUGUUGGCCCUGUCGGGUGGGGGAGAGAGUGCCAAACUCCCCGAACCAGAGGUGAAGAUACAGGUGCUGUCCAAGCCGUUCCUGUGCCACCGCAAGAGUAAGUACGGAGACAUCCUGCUGGUGCACUACGAAGGCUAUCUGGAGAGCAACGGGACCAUGUUCCACUCCAGUCGUCAGCAUGGGGACCAGAAUCCUGUGUGGUUUACGUUGGGCAUUAAGGAGGUGAUCGUGGGCUGGGACCGCGGCCUCAAGGACAUGUGCGCCGGGGAGAAGAGGAAGCUCGCCAUACCACACCAGCUGGCUUACGGCAAGGAGGGGAAAGGUAAGAUCCCUCCUGAGUCCAACCUGCUGUUCGAUAUCGAGGUGCUUGAGAUUCGUAACGGGCCGCGAUCACACGAGAGCUUUCAGGAGAUGGACCUGAACGAUGACUGGAGACUCUCCAAACAAGAGGUAAAGGAGUAUCUUCGUAAGGAGUUUGAGCGUCACGGCUACGCGGCUAACGACACGCACCAUGAGGUGAUGGUGGAGGACAUCUUUACCAAAGAGGACGAGGACCAGGACGGAUACAUAUCAGCACGGGAGUUCACAUACGUACACGACGAACUAUAAACACACACACACACACACACACACACACACACACACACCAGGAUGGAUACAUAUCAGCACGGGAGUUCACAUACGUACACGACGAACUAUAAACACACACACACACACACACACACACACCAGGAUGGAUACAUAUCAGCACGGGAGUUCACAUACGUACACGACGAACUAUAAACACACACACACACACACACACACACACACACACACCAGGACGGAUACAUAUCAGCACGGGAAUUCACAUACGUACACGACGAACUAUAAACACACACACACACACACACACACACA